AUUCCUCCCAUCUCAUCAGACACAUAUCAGCGGACCGCUGGGUACCUUCCUUCUUCUUCACUGCGGGGAGCCUCGGCUCAUUGGUCGAUCCUCCCCGCUUCCAGUUACCGCAUAUCUCAUCGCUGGCAUCAGUUGCGAUAUAUAAAUUUUUCUCAUCUCAUCAUACACCUAUCUCCACCAUACCAAAGCAAACAAUUAACCUCACCGGACAAACCCGCAACCUGACCCAGUCCAACUACACAGCACCCACAUCAACCAUCAAACCCCACGCACAAACAAUGUCCCCCUUCCCCCUCUCCGCCUUCGCAACCCCACACACCUUCAACCCCCCCUCCGGCAGCCGCAUCGCCUACCACCUCUUCACCCCCUCAACCCCACCCAAGGGAACCAUCCUCCUCCUCCACGGCUUCCCCGACCUCCCGGCCGGCUACCGCCACCAGAUCCCCACCCUCCUCGCUCUUGGCCUGCGCGUCCUCCUCCCCGCCCUCCCCGGCUACCACCCCUCCGCCGCCCCCACCGAUCUCGGGCCCUACACCCUGCGCUCCAUCUCCCGCGACCUCGCCGCCCUAGCUGCACACCUCGGUUGCGGCGACGGCGGCGUCUACGUCCUCGCGCACGACUGGGGAGGAGCUCUGGCAUGGCGUCUCGCGCUGUGGGAGCCGCAAUUGGUGAGGGGCUUGAUAGUGGUGUGCACGCCGUUCGAUUCGCCCAAGCCUGAAUCACCCUACGUGUCGCUUGAAGAGCUGGUCGCCGGGCCGCUGCCGCAGUUUGCGUACCAGCUUACGUUUGCGAGUGGGGAGGUGGAGAGGAAGGUGCGCAGUCUGGAGGAGGUGAGAAGUUUUUUGAACGCGCUGUAUGGAGGCAAGAGUCGGGAGGGGAGGCCCGGGUUCGAUACUACGAGGGGUGUGGAUUGGGGGUUGGUUUUGAGUGGAGGGCUGGCGAGGACGACGCUGAUGAGUGAGGCGGAGUUGGAGUACUAUGCGAGGACGUAUGCGGCGGGGGGUGGGAUGAGGGGACCGCUGAAUUGGUAUCGCACGAGGAAGUUGAACUGGGAGGAUGAUAAGGAGAUUAAGUGGGAUGGGAAGGUCAAGGUGCCUACGCUGUUUUUGCAGGCGAGUAAUGAUACGGCGUUGCCGGUGUGGAUGGCGAUGGGGAUGGAGAGUCAUUUUGAGGAUUUGAAGACCGUGCAGGUGCCUGGGACGCACUGGGUUUUGUUGCAGGAGCCAGAGGAGUGUAAUAAGCAUAUUGGAGCGUUUUUGAGCGAGCAGAUGACGAAGGAGAAAGCGGGGGAGAGUAAACUGUGAAGAGCUAAACUUAAGAUUGAGAAUAGAAUAGGAAUGGGAAAUUGCAACUGGAACUGGAUCUUGCACGGG